CCGCUGGGGGCUCCCGCCGUGCGGCGCGGCCCGUCCCGCCAUUGCCGGGGCAUGGAGGGCGAGAGCACCUCGGCCCUGCUUUCGGGCUUCGUCUUCGGCGCGCUCGCCUUCCAGCACCUCAGCACCGACUCGGACACGGAAGGUUUUCUCCUUGGAGAUGUGAAAGGUGAAGCCAAGAACAGCAUUACUGACUCGCAAAUGGAUGAUGUUGAAGUUGUUUAUACAAUAGAUAUACAGAAGCAUAUUCCCUGCUACCAGCUGUUCAGCUUUUAUAAUUCUGCAGGAGAACUGAAUGAACUUGCCCUGAAGAAAAUACUAUCAGGCUGUAAGAAGAGUGUAAUAGGAUGGUACAAAUUCAGACGCAACACAGACCAGACCAUGACAUUCCGGGAGAGACUUCUCCAUAAGAACCUGCAGUCACACCUAUCAAAUCAGGGUCUUGUAUUCCUUCUAUUAACCUCUAGUGUGAUGACAGAAAGUUGUUCUACUUACAGACUGGAGCAUGCCUUACAUCGGCCACAGGAAGGUCUUUUCCAGAAAGUCCCUUUGGUGGUUACCAAUCUGGGUAUGGCAGAACAGCAAGGCUACAGAACAGUGUCUGGCUCCUGCGUAUCUUCUGGCUUUGUGAGAGCAGUAAGACAACACAGGUCAGAGUUCUUUCACGAGGAUGGAUCCUUGCAAGAGGUUCAUAAGAUAAAUGAGAUGUAUGCCACUUUGCAGGAGGAACUCAAGAAAAUAUGCUUUACAGUAGAAGUCAGUGAACGAUCUGUAGAGAAACUCUUAGCAGAGGUGAGGCAAUUAAAAGAAGAAAUAAAGAGGAAAAAGCAACAAGGUUGUUCAGGAGAAGGCAGAAACUACACAGGAGAGCCAAAGGAGAACGUUCUCCUUUGUCAGGCACUGCAAACAUUUUUCCCCAAUUCUGGACUUCAGACAUGUAUUGUUUCCUUCAAAGGCCAACAGAUAUUGAAGAGCUGCUGUAACAUUAACCAUAAUAUUAACGUCACGGACAAACUGACUCUCAUGGUAGAGGAAAGAGACUUCACUGAAGCUGAAACAAGACAUCUAACCAAGCGUAAAGUCAGAGGGACCACAACAGUAUCAAAGUCAUUCAAGAAAUCCAGAUCAUUGCAGCUUCACCGAGAAUCACUUGCAGACCCAGAGGACAGUGACCAGGACAGGAAGCUUACACUGAGCAGCACUGAAUCAGAUGAGGAUGUGUUGGAAAAAAAUAGAGACACAAAUGAAUACCCACACUCUCCUACUUUCUGAUCUUUUAAUGAUUUGUCAGAUGACUUCACACCAAAAGCUACUGCCAGCAUAUUCAAGUGAUGUGUCAAUUGUCAGCACUGCAGGGAUGUAUAUAACAUAAUGCAUUUUUGCAAAACAUACAGGGUUUGUCUGGGGUUUCUGUCCAGUGCAUGAAUCCUGUUCAGCAUAACAAUGUCCAGAUGACAUUCCCUCAUUUUGCCUUUCAGAGUUCCAUCUGUAGUCUCUCUCUCAGGGUUUAAAGACUAUGCCAGCAGUCAGAUAAGCACAUACUGCCUCAAACUAAUACAAUUUCAAGCUGCUGUUGAAGAAGCAGUACUAUCCUUUCCUCAGCAGAAUCUGAUGCAGGUAGCACCAAAUGAACACAGAUAACUUAAAAUUAGCAGUCUACUUCAACUGCCACAAUUUGAAUAGUUUUAAUUUAUCCUUAGGAAACCAGUACCUGUUCAUUUCCCCCCAUCUUACAAUCCAGACAGGAUAAAAAACAGCCACCUAAAGUUUAACAAGACCUGUGAGCUCAGAAAGGGGUCCAGAAAGCUGCCAGUUUCUCUUACUGCCUUAAUAUUUCAUACUUCCUUCAGACAAUACAUUUUAGAGACUUCAUAAAAUUAAUAAAAAUCCAACUGACAUCCACCCUCAGUCAACCACACACUAUGCUAGAAAACCACAUUUCCAGUAAGCAAGAAUAUGAACAUGAAACACAGUUUUAUUGUUUAUUUCUUUACAGCAUUUUACUCUGGAUACUUGAUAUUACAUAUCUUGGGGUCUGUGAGAAAUUGUGGGUUCUUAAGCACAACUGGCAUAAAUCCUGUAAAAAGAUAAGAUGGAGGUAUUCUUAAUAGAAAAGUAAGCUUGCCUUCGAAAACUUAGAAGCAUAAUCAUACUUACCAAGUACUUGAGCUCUUUUAAUGGCUUUUGUAACUUCCCUCUGCUUCUUGUGGCACAAGCCUAAAGAGAUGAAUUAUUUUCAACACUAAACAAGCCAUUAGUCUAAAAGGUGAAAGGGAUAUUACUGAUAAUUCCCUCUAUCUUUGUCUAAGUCUUCCUAGAAAAAUGCACAUGUGCUUUUACUGUUACAUACAAAAUGCAUAUAAUUAAGGGAUAUUUUUAUUCCUUGAUGCAGGCUACUAAGUCAGAGGAAUACUCUUACAAAAUUUAUAGAAUUGGUAGCAGUUACUUUUGGAAAGAUUGCUGAAGCACAGUUACUUAGACUCAGAAGAACACAAAUAUUAACCAGUAAAUUUUUAAUUUAAUACUUCACAUACCUGUUAUAUGUCUGCCAUAAAUGCACCCAGUAUAAGGAGAAACAAACUGGGAAAGAAGCUACUCAAAAAUAAGAAAAUCAAAGUCAGUUCAAGAACUUUUUUUAGGUAUUUACUUUAUAUUACUACUUGCCCUCUGUUUUUCUUUUUUUUUUUAGCAUCUGUUUUUUCAAAACACAGUUCUACCUAAAGAAAAAGUAGAGCUUGGAACUAAACAGUAUUUUCUAUGGCAUAACAUUUAAGCUGUAUGACAGAUAGAUUGUAAUCCAGGACUCUUAUUUGGUAAAUGACAAAACUGUCACACUAACACACAGAACUAGUAGCUUGAUCAGCUUAUAACUACAUUAUUUGACCUUUAAUCUGCACACAUUUUCAAGUUUUAAACUCCUACACAUAUGAAUGGAUUUUUAUGUUUGGGGGGUUUUUUUGGUUGGUUGGUUGGUUGGGUUUUUUUCAGUUCUUGUGGACUUCUGACACACACAUUUAAAAAUCAUAAACCACUUACCUUCAUCCGAGGACAUGAGUUUUCACUCACCUGCACAUUCUUGUAGUCAACAUUUAUUUCACAUAAGAUACAUCUUUUUGGAGGCUCCUUAUAAGGGUUCUCCAUUUGUAUAGGCUGAAAUUAGAGAAUUUUUAACAUUUUUAAGCUUCACCAGAAAAUAAAUUGUUACUUUGAAUCCUUCAGGCAAGAUAUACCUUGAAACCAAAAGAGAUAUUUAGGGCACCACUGAAGUUUUUAAAUAACUUCCCUAACUGUUUCCCUAACACACUGAUUGGUACAGAGCCAUCUAAAAGACUUCUCACAGGUAAACAACCUUUUACAUUUUAGUAAUAAUGAUACUGUAACAAGUCUAUUAAAGCAUUC